AGUAAAGAAUUUUAGAAUAGAUUUUGUUAUUCAAAUAUUUCUUCUUCUCCGUCAGCUUUCUGCUUUCUCUUUCACACACACACACACUCAAACUUGGACUUAACUGUCUGUUUGCUUCUACUGCUGAAUCUCUCCCUACCGCAAACACAUACUCGAUCGGAGGCAUGUGAAGCUGAAAUUUGUAGUUUAAAAAAUCAGCUGCGAUAUUAAAGAUUACGAAUUUUUAUGUAACACUCCACCAACUGAAUCAGAUACUACUUGAUCUCGUUUGCGAAAUACUGCCGCCGACUGGUUUUUGAACUAUGGAUGGAAAUGAUAGGGCUCGAGCAGAAAUUAGCAUGAUUGGGAAUCAGAAUAGGACGGGUGAUAUGAUAAUUGACGUUUCUGAAGAUGCAAAACCUAACCUUUCACCUCUUAGAGAACCCAAUGCUUCUGCACUUAGUGCUCAAAAGUCACCACCCAUGAGUUAUGCCUCACCCGAAACUGUGAGGAUUAGUGCUAGUAAGCCUCCCAAGAUCCCCACACCUGAGGGUCUCACUAGGCGAAAGUCUUUAUCCAGGUCUGUUUAUUCUAAGCCAAAAGCUCGAUUUGGUGAGCAAUCUGUGUCUCUUGAUGGUAAGAUGUUUGAUGAGAGUGGUCCGGAAGUGAAUGUGGUCCACAGUCGGGGUGCUUCACCUAAUCAUGUGAAGCCGGACGCUGGUAGUGCUAGCGUAAGGGAUAGGACCGUGCCGGUAACUCCCAAAACCCCGCUUAUGAAUUCCUUUAGGGGACUCGACGAGGAUGAGGAAAUAUAUAAGAGGGUUAGCAGCAGGAAGAAGUUAAAGUAUAGGAAAGUGAAAGCCAAGGUUUUGGUUGAGUGGUUGAUAUUUCUUUUUUUUCUUGGCUGUUUGAUUACAAGUUUGACUGUUCAUAGGUUUCGAAACAUGAUGCUCUGGGGAUUAAGUCUUUGGAAGUGGUUUGCGCUUGUUAUGGUAACCUUUAGUGGCUUGCUGUUUACUGAAUGGCUGAUGAAUUUUGUUGUUUUGUUGAUUGAGCUAAAUUAUUUGCUGAAAAAGAAGGUAUUGUAUUUCGUUUUUGGCCUGAAGAAGAUUGUUCAAGUUUGCCUAUGGUUGGCUUUGGUGCUUAUCACUUGGGCUUUGCUGUUCCGGGAAGGGGUGGAUAAGUCGUCACAUGCUACUGCCAAGAUUCUGGAUCUUAUAACUUGGACUAUUGCUUCGUUGCUUAUUGGUUCGUUCUUGUGGCUAUUGAAGAAUUUGUUGCUAAAGAUCUUGGCGUCUUCGUUCCAUGUGAACACAUUCUUCGACAGGAUUCAGGAAUCAAUCUUUCACCAGUACAUACUAUUUUCACUUUCUGGCAAGCCAGUCAUGGAGGCGGAACAAAUGUUGGGGAGAGCAAGCAGUAAUGUAAGUCAUUUUAGUUUCCGCGUAACGAAGAAAGAUAAGGAAGGCAGGGAAAAGAAGGAGAAAGAGGUGAUUGAUAUCAAUAAGCUGCAUCAGAUGAAGCAGGAAAAGGUCUCUGCCUGGACCAUGAAGAUGUUAGUUGAUGUUAUAUCUAAUUCAGGGCUCGCCACAAUUUCUAAUACUCUCGAUGAAAGCGUCUAUAAUGGGGGCAAUGAACAAACCGACAAGGAAAUAACAAACGAGGAGGAGGCAAUUGCUGCUGCAUAUCACAUUUUCAGAAAUGUUGCUCAGCCUGGUUGCACGUACAUUGACGAAUAUGAUAUGAGGAGAUUUAUGAUUAAGGAAGAGGUUGACAUUGUAUUUCCGAUGAUUGAUGUGGGCGAGACUGGGAAGAUUGACAGAAAAGCUUUGACCGAAUGGGUGGUGAAGGUUUACAAAGAUCGCAGAGCACUUGCCCAUGCUCUUACCGACACAAAAACUGCUGUAAAGCAACUGAACAAGCUUAUUACUGCGCUUUUAAUGAUCAUUAUUGUGAUUAUAUGGCUUCUCUUGACGGGGAUAGCGACCACCAAAGUGCUUGUUGUUAUGUCGUCUCAGCUUGUUGUGGCUGUUUUUAUGUUUGGAAAUACUUGCAAGACUAUAUUUGAAGCUAUUAUCUUCGUAUUUGUGAUGCAUCCCUUCGAUGUGGGUGAUCGCUGUGUUAUUGAUGGUGUUCAGAUGAUCGUGGAAGAGAUGAAUAUCUUUACAACUGUGUUUCUGAAGGCCGAUAAUGAGAAAGUGUAUUACCCAAAUUCUGUUCUGUCUAUGAAACCCAUAAGCAAUUUCUACAGAAGUCCAGAUAUGGGAGAUUCGCUUGAGUUCAGCAUUGAUUUCAAGACAUCAAUGGAGAAAAUAGGCUCUUUAAGAGAGAAAAUCAAGAAAUACUUGGAGAAAAACCCUCAGCUCUGGCAUGAAAAUCACAACCUCGUCGUUAAGGAGAUUGAAAAUGUGAACAAGAUAAAGAUGGCCCUCUUUUUCAACCACACCAUGAACUUCCAAAACUUUCCAGAGAAGAGCAAGCGCAGAACCGAGCUUGUUCUUGAAAUGAAAAGGAUUUUUGAAGAGCUGCAUAUCAGAUAUGAUCUCCUUCCUCAAGAUGUUCAUCUCAACGAUUCUAGAACACCAACGGAAAGCAGCAAAUGAGCUCCUGUCGAACUCAAGAAACCAAUAGGUGUCCUCUGUAUGUACCGCAAUCCGGAGCUGGAAUCGGGCAACAAGGUGGUGCUGCCACCGUCGUGUCUGUCGCGGCUGAAAGACAUGGGCGUCCGGUUCCCUUGGCUGUUCAAGAUUGAGUCGUUCAAGUCGGAGAAAAUCUCCCACUGCGGCAUGCUGGAGUUCUGCGCGGACGAGGGGUCUGUGUACGUGCCGCGGUGGAUGAUGGAGAACUUGGGGAUCAGAGAGGGGGAGGACGUGAUCCUGCGGGAUGCAUGGGCGAUGACGGGGACGCGGAUGAAGCUGCAGCCGCACGAGGGGGCGUUGCUGGAGGUGGGGACGUGAGGGGGGCGCUGGAGAGGGGCGCUGAGGGGGUUCUCGUGUUUGAGUAAGGGGGAUACGAUCGGGGUGAGGUGUGGGGAGAGGGAGAGGGAGUUUUUGGUGGAUGUGCUCGAUGUGGGCCCCGGGGGAGAUGUUAUCUCUCUUUGUGACACAGAUUGCGCGGUUGAGUUUGCUACGCCCUUGGACUAUCUCAACAAGGAGAGGGAGAAGGAGAAGAAGGAGAAGGAGAAGGAAGGAGGGGUGUUUAGGGCGUUCUCGGGGGUGGCGAGGCGACUGGAUGGGGGAAGGUGCGCGACGGCCACAGAGGAGGAGAAGGAGAAGGAGAAGAAAAAGAAAGACAAAGAUGAUGCUGAGGAGUUUAAACCGUUUAGUGGAAGAGGUCGUCUCCUUGGGGGACCUUUCUAGUUAAUUUCAUUACUACUACUCCAUGUACACCAACCUAGACUUACUACUUUUUUACUACUCCUACUAGUAGUACUACAUUAAUUUUAUAUGGUUAAUAUGUGAAUUUUGCAUUCGUUUAUUAUCA